GAAAAAAAAACCCUAUAAAUAUACUCUGAUUUGAAACUUGAGAUUCUUCUUAUAGUCCUGGAUAAUUACAGUAACCCCGGAUUUCACCUCUAAAUUAGGGUUUCCCCUGAUAUUUUUUUCUUGUGAAAUCGCUGGUGAAGGAUCAAUCUGAAGAAAAUUGGAAACGGUACUAACAUUAUUUCAAGCUCAAUGGGUCAUUUUUCGGCGGCGAAGGGACAUGGCGGCGGCGGCGGUUGCGUGGGAGUCGGGAGCCCGGCUGACGAGAACUGUGAUUUGAGGUUACAGAGAAGAUUGAGAAGAAGUAGCCUAAUUUUGAACUCAAACACUCACCGCAAGGGUAAGCGUCUCCGAUCAGAGAGCGCAGCUGAUCAAAAUCGCUGUGACGAUGACCCUCAGAGCAAGGCGAUCGAAAACAAGAUAGCUGAAGAAACUUUAGUGCCUUACAAGAAUGAUCUUGUUAAAAAUCUUAUAAUUAUCGAUGAUGAAGACGAAGAUGGUGAGAUUGAGAAUUCUUGGCGCGGUCAAAAAUGUGCUGACCGAAAAUAUCAGGGACAAGAUUCUAAUCUCAAAAAAAGUAAUGAAUAUGAUGACGAUGAGAUAAUGAUAAUAUCAACCAAGGAAGACCCUAAUGGAGUUUAUAAGUUUGAUAUAACUUUGAUUGAUUUAGAAGACAAGAAUUUGUCUAAAGGUGGAAGCAGUGAAUCCGAGUUCAAAAAGGAACUACUGGAUAUUCUAAGAUGUCCCUACGAUCCACAGCAACAUAAGGCUCUCUGGGAUGAAGUAGUAACUCAUAAAAAAUCUUAUUUGGAUCUAUAUAAAGAUUUUGCAGAUCAGAUUAUUCAGGCCAAAGCAGAUGAUCGCAAAACACUAAAUUUACUACGCGGGUUUUUCUACUGGUUGAAGAAUUUGCCCCAUGGAAUGAUAGCUCCAUGGAAAGAUCCAUCAUUUUCUGAAGCUCUGUCUCAACCAUAAUUGGAAACUAAGGCUGCAUAUGACAUUUGUCUAAUGAUGAAGGAAGCAUGGUUCAGUACAGAUUGAUCUAAUUUUUUAGUAAUUUUAUGUCUCAAAUAUUUGAUCAAUUUUCUUGUGAAUCCCUGUUUUUCUAUUAUUAUAAUUGUAAUUACAUGGAGUUCAAAUUUUGAGAAGAGAAACAUUGGAAAUCCAUUUUUUGUUUUGUUUAAUUUCCUGGGUGUUUUGAAUAGUGUACAAAACAGAGGAGUAAGUUUUGGAGUGUUAUUAUAGAGAUAUAGCUUAAUGGAUGAUUAAUGUAUGGAAUGAAUGAAGUGUAUGCAAAAUUAUUUACAAUGUUA